AAGCUUAUCAUAUAUUUUCAAAGGGCAAUCAUUUCUUGAGUCAGUUGAUUGGACAGAUAAAACUCUUUAGAUUUGUAAGGAAUUCUCAGCAUGGGGAUUUUGGAUCUCUUCAUUACGGCAUCAAUUCCAGUGCUGAAGGUCCUAUUAGUUACGCUUCUUGGGUCCUUUCUUGCAUUGGACCGCAUUAAUAUUUUGGGAGAGGAUGCAAGGAAGCAUAUGAAUAGAGUUGUGUUCUUCGUAUUUUUUCCGGCACUUGUGGCUGCCGACCUUGCAAAAACAAUAACAUAUGAAAGCAUGAUUAAGUUGUGGUUUGUUCCUUUAAAUGUUUUAAUUACAUAUCUCCUUGGUUCCGCACUUGGAUGGGUGCUUAUACAAAUCAGUAGACCUCCUUCGCAUCUAAGGGGCCUUAUCUUGGGUUGCUGUGCUGCAGGAAAUAUGGGGCCUAUGUUUAUGAUCAUCAUCCCAGCAGUCUGUAGUGAGAAAGGCAGCCCAUUUGGAGAUCCUGAUGUCUGUAAUACAAAUGGACUGGCUUAUUCUUCACUUUCUAUGGCGAUUGGAGCCAUUUUUUUGUGGUCGUAUGUGUACAAUCUUGUGCGGGUAUCUUCAAGUAAGUCCACUGAAGGGAUUGAUGACUCCACAAGUAACUUCUCAGAAGAACCUUCGAGGGUACUCAAUGGGAGUAGCUCAGAGCCACUACUUUCAAAGGAUUUACCAGUCUCGGAGAACCGGGUAGACCAUUUUGCACUGCCAUGCACCUCAUUAGGGGCAAGGCAACAGGUUCCGAUUUCAGUUAAGUUUGGACAAUAUUUAAAGAUGUUUUCUGAAAAGCUCAGCUUGAAGACAUUAUUGGUACCUUCUACCAUUGCAGCGAUUGUUGGGUUUUUUGUCGGAGCAGUCCCUCAAAUCCAAAGGCUAAUGAUUGGUGAAAAUGCUCCUCUUCGUGUCAUUGAAGAUUCAGUUUCUUUGCUUGGUGAGGGAGCCAUCCCGGCUAUCACCUUGAUAAUGGGAGGAAACCUUCUUAGAGGUUUAAAAGGAUCGGAUGUUCAUGCAUCCCUUCUUGUUGGGAUCAUAGUAGUUCGUUAUAUUGCAUUCCCGCUGUUGGGCAUCCUCAUUAUUAAAGGGGCAUUGCAUUUUGGCCUGGUGCACCCAGAUCCAUUGUAUAUGUUUUUUCUUCUUCUUCACUUUGCAGUCCCGCCAGCAUUGAACAUAGGUGUUUCGACUAACAAGGAACCCCACAACCAAGCAUGGAGGUUUCUCAAUUUAUUGGGAGCAUUUACCAAUACAAGUUACGUUGAUGAUGCUGCCAAUUGCACCAUGAGAUGAUACAAAAUCCGACUGCAAAGUCUUGCUGUAUUAUUAGGGUACAAGAACUGUACAAGGUCUAUUUUCCCU